AUGAUGCCCAUAUACUGCAAUUAAAAUUUUUUCGAAAUAGCACUUUUAAACUUUUGCUCAUCUUCUUACCAAUACCUGCAUCACUUCUUCGAUAAGAAUGUUGAACAACAGUAGCAAAUCAAAUAGGAAGAGCUGCUGCCUGAGGUAAAAAAUGAAGAAAACUCAUAAUAACAAGAGAAAAAUCUGAAACUUGUCGAAUAUCAAAACACAAACUAGAGGGAAGAUAAAAAAAUACAUAUAUUUCCUGGAUAAAGUAAGAAUUAUUAUAAGAACAUGAGUUAGAAGAUAGUAAAAUUCAUUUUUGAACACUUUUAAGAUGAUGAACGAGUUAUGAAUGACUCACACAUUAAAAAAUUCGUCAAGAUACCUAGCCAAAGUUUCAAUAGGGAUUCAAUUUUAAAACUUAAAAAAUCUAAAUUAGCUAGAAGAAUUCUAAGACUAUUCUUUGCUAAUUUAAAAUGGGUUAGACCCUUCAUCUCCUAAAAUAAAGCCGAGCUGACUCUAUAUUUUAGAUAUAACAAAUAGCUUUAUUGUCCAUAGAAAUCCUAAUAACAAAAUUAAUCACAUUAAGCAAGGCAAGACUGUAUUAAACAAGAAGAAUGA